GCCGUUCGCUAACGAUGUCCGCCCGUUCCAUUACGCGUUUGGUUGGUAAAGCCCGCAAUGCAAUCCCAAACAUUCCAUUCCCAUUUGACAGCUACACGGUGAAACGUUCGCUACGCAUUCAGUUUUCGAAGGCCAGAAACGGCUGCGUGGGUUCUUCUUUGGGGACUGUGCACAUGGGUAAACAGUUAGAAAGUUAUUGCUCGCUCCGCAUCCCACAGUCGGGGUAUCGUGAAAUCCUCUUGCAGGAUUAGUGAUAGAAGAAAGAUUCUGUGCCUGUUUUUUUUUUAAAGGGGAACUGCAAGGUUAGCACGGUUCGCGAUACUUGAAGGCUGCUUGGAUCAAUCAUAUCGCAAUAAUGAUGCAGUUCAGCAACGGAGGCGAGUGCUCCGAUAUGGUUACAAUUAAUGUUUCCAACUCGCACAAUGAGACGGUCUCUUUCGAGCGCAAAUACAGUCGUUCGUUGACCAUCUGUGAAUUUAAGGCGAAACUGGAAACAAUAACCGGUGGCUGCGCCGGUACGAUGCAGCUGGAGCUGUACUGCGGCAAUCGUUUGAUAGGCAAGCUCGACGACAACGAGCGCACGUUUGGCUCAUAUGCAGUCGAGGAUGGCAUGCGCGUGCAUGUGAUCGACAACUUUCAAUUCAUACAGGAGAACGUACCCAAGUUUGAGCUUAGCCAGGAGGAGUACGAUAAGAAAUCGGAUAGUGUGAGGAGUUUCCUGCGGAAGAACAAGCUCGGCAAAUACAACGAGGAAGAGAUGGUCAAACUGGAGGCGGAACGCAAGCGGCAAGAGGAAGAAGAUCGACGGAAGUUGGACGAAAUGGCAAUCGGAGCGCGAUGUCGUGUCACCACCAAAGGUCAACCUGUGCGACUUGGAGCGAUCAUGUACAAGGGCCCGAUCGACGGCAAACCGGGCAUGUUCGUCGGGGUCAGGUUCGACGAACCGCUGGGCGUAAACGAUGGCAGUGCCAACGGCAAACGAUACUUCCAGUGUGAUCCCAAGUAUGGUAGCUUCGUGACUGUAAAAGCGAUAGAAGUUGGAGAUUUUCCGCCGGAGGAGUUCGACGAUGAACUUUAAUUGAUGGACCACUAUUCCUUCUAACAGUGUUCUGGAUCCGUUCGCAAAUGCUUCAGAGUGGCCCGUUGAUAUCACCGAAAUGCUUGUUAGAAAAGCAGAAUAUGCGCAAUUUUACGCGAAAACGUAACACUAACUGGCCGGCACGCUUGGGAUUUAUGAGUUUUUCACGAAUUUGGUCUUAUGCAGGCUUUGAUUUACCCUUUACUCGUAUGAUUAUGAAACUAUCGCUAUUCCGCAAUUUUGUAUUCAAAAUUUAAAGUAAAACAUGUCCGUGUAUUGUGCAUGCACUCCGAAACUACAGGCACUAAAAUUGAAUAGGUAGAGAUUAACAGAUUUUGGAGUUUUGUUCACAGAUCCAACUCUGUUCUAGUAUAUCUUAUGUAUCCGAAGUAUCCUAUCUCCUAUUGCCAAUAUUCGAACAGAUUGCAGUAAGGGGUGCGGUUUUAAAAGAUUCGGUAUUUUCGGUGCUCACUUGAUCAUAACAUGCCAUGACUGUUGAUGCGUUGCUAUUGGUGCGCUAUCAAAGAUUCUAUCUAUUUUAACAUUAAGAAAGUAGGGAAAGUAAUGCAUGCUAAAAAAUCCUUUUGGGCAUUAGCUGCUAGUGGGAAAUAGCUUUGGAGGAACAAACACAUCAACAAACGGUUGCAAUUAACGUAUUGGAUAACUCGUGGAAACGAACUAAUAGUCUCAUAGCAACGCUUUACUUCGAAUAACCGAAAAUCAUUUUGUGAGCUUUCGUUAAAACUGAUGUCGCACAAGGUACAAGGAUCUGUAAUUUUUUUGAAAGUAUAAUCGUUCUCGAUUUAUUACCCCUUUUACUUUAUACCAAAUAAACAUCUUUAAAACAGAU